AUGGCACCGAAGCCCGCCCCUUCUUCUCGAGCGUGGGAUGCGCUCACGCCGUCACUCUCACAAUGGACCCUGGAGGCCGUGGCCUCUAUGGGAUUUACACGCAUGACUCCGGUCCAGGCCUCGGCCAUUCCUCUGUUUAUGGCGCAUAAAGACGUCGUCGUCGAAGCAGUCACUGGCAGUGGUAAAACACUGUCAUUUCUCAUUCCUGUUGUGGAAAAGCUUUUGCGCGUGGAAGAACCGAUCAAGAAGCAUCACAUUGGGGCCAUUAUCAUCUCCCCGACGAGAGAACUUGCGACCCAAAUUCACCAGGUGCUUUUGUCGCUACUUGAAUUCCAUCCCCCUUCCGCCGCAGCGAUCCAUCCCCCCGAAGGCGCUGCGCCGCGGUCAAAGUCCUCCUCCUCGGUCUUGAAAGUCGUCCCACAACUCCUACUGGGCGGAUCUACGUCUCCGGCGGAAGACCUGAGCACUUUCCUCAAGAAGUCUCCGAACGUGCUCGUCUCUACGCCCGGACGACUGUUGGAAUUGCUCUCCUCGCCUCACGUUCACUGCGCGCAGUCCUCCUUUGAGAUGUUGGUGUUGGAUGAAGCCGACCGUUUGCUGGAUCUUGGCUUCAAAGAUGACUUGCAGAGGAUAUUGCGGCAUCUACCCAAGCAGCGCAGGACUGGUCUUUUCAGCGCCAGUAUCAGUGAAGCUGUGGACCAGAUCGUUCGCGUGGGUCUACGCAAUCCCGUCAAGGUUGCCGUCAAGGUCAAGGGUGGCGCCGGCGCAGAAGAUAAGCGGACUCCUGCUAGUCUGCAAAUGACAUACUUGACGACUCCUCCGGCACACAAAUUCUCCGUCUUGAAACAGAUCCUCUCCACAGUUCAACCUACCCCACAAAAAACCAUCUUCUUCGUCUCCACCUGCUCGAGCGUAGACUACCUUGCCCUUCUACUACCGAUCAUUCUUGGGACCAAAUACACUCUGGUCCCUCUGCAUGGAAAGCAUCCUGCCAACGCUCGCCAAAAGAACUUUACCCGAUUUACGACUGCGACCACCCCCGCUAUUCUCCUCACCACCGAUGUUGCUUCCCGUGGACUCGAUAUCCCCUCUGUGGAUCUAGUCGUGCAAAUUGAUCCUCCCUCGGAUCCCAAGACUUUCAUUCAUCGAUGCGGACGGGCCGGACGUGCCGGACGCCGAGGUCUCAGUAUUGUUCUUCUUCAUCCGGGGCGUGAGGAGGAUUACGUUUCCUUCCUGGAGGUGCGGAAAACCCCGGUCACCCCCUACAGCCUGCCGGGCUCCUCGGGGGAUGAAGAAGCGGCUGCUGCGACGCAAAAGGUGCGGACUGCUAUGCUGAAGGACCGGGCUCUUCACGACAAAGGCCAGAAGGCCUUUGUCAGUUGGCUCCGAAGCUACAGCAAACAUCAAGCGGCCAGUAUCUUUCGCGUGGCUGACCUCGACUGGGAAGCGCUGGGAAAAGCGUGGGGUCUUCUCAAACUCCCCAAAAUGCCCGAACUGCGCAAUUUUACCGGCGACAAAACCCUGGGCGUGAGCCUGGACUGGGAUAACUAUGCCUACAAGGACAAGCAACGAGAGAAACGACGCAAAGAGGCCAUGGAAGAAGCCACCCACGGCGACACGCAGGAGCCAGAGGACUCUCGAAAGCGGCGAGCCACCGAAAACUCUGCCUGGAGCCACAAUGCCGAGAACCGUGAGAAGAGACUGAAGCGCAAGGAGCUCAAGAAAGCGCGAAAGGAACAAGAACGAUGGGAGCAGCUGCCUGAGGAAGAGAAGCAGAAAGCUCUCGAAACGAAACGGAUGGUGGAGGAAUUGCGCCAGAAGCAUGAACGGGAGUACCGUGCUCGGCAGGCCGAACAGGCGUCCGCCUCGAAAACUUCAAAACCCCAUGGCAAAGAUGAUGAAUUCCAAGGCUUUGAUUAG